AGAGCCCUGAGCGAUUACGUAAACAGGAGCGCGCUUCAACCGGCUUCACUGCCGUUUACAACCCUUUCAAAUCCACACGGAUUACAACAAGAAAACCGAAACACCACAGUCGGCCAGUGCCUUUGACCACUAUGGAUUCCAUCCCUAAGAAAGACACAGAGAGCACGUGCGUGCUCUGCUGCCUUGACAUCGACAUCUUCGCGCUGGGGAAAUGCGAUCACCCGGUGUGUUACCGCUGCUCCACCAAGAUGAGGGUGCUGUGCGAGCAGAAGUACUGCGCCGUCUGCCGGGAACAGCUCGACAAGGUGGUCUUUGUAAAGAAACCUGAACCAUUUGCAGAUCUGAACAUUCAUCAGUAUCAGUGUGAGAAGAAAUAUGACAUAUAUUUUGGAGAUGGAAAGACUUAUGCACAGUUCAGGAAGAUUUUGCUACACGAAUGUCCACAUUGCCCAGAAGCAAAAGUGUUUUACAAAUUCGAAGAGUUAGAGCAACAUAUGCGGAAACAACAUGAGCUCUUCUGCUGCAAGUUAUGUGCCAAAUACCUGAAGAUAUUCUCUUAUGAGCGAAAGUGGUAUAACCGAAAAGAGCUGGCUCGUCAUCGAACGCAAGGUGACCCGGAUGACACGUCGCACCGUGGGCAUCCGCUUUGUAAAUUCUGUGAUGAUCGAUAUCUGGACAACGAUGAACUGCUGAAACAUCUGCGGCGAGAUCACUACUUCUGCCAUUUCUGUGAUGCAGAUGGAGCUCAGGAGUAUUACAGUGACUACCAAUACCUCAGUGAGCACUUCAGAGAGAGCCAUUAUCUCUGUGAGGAGGGCUACUGCAGAACAGAGCAGUUCACUCAUGCUUUCCGCACAGAGAUUGACUAUAAGGCUCACAAAGCUGCCGCACACAGCAAAAACCGGGCAGAAGCACGGCAGAAUCGGCAAAUCGACAUACAGUUCACCUAUGCACCCAGACAGCAACGAAGAAAUGAUGUUCUGGUUGGUGGCGAUGACUAUGAGGAAGUGGAUCGCUUCAACAGACAGGCAAGGUCGGGAAGAGGAAGAGCACCUGGAGGACAGCAGAAUGUAAGGAGCUGGAGAUAUAACCGAGAGGAGGAGGACAGAGAGGUGGCUGCUGCUUUACGAGCAUCGAUGGCUGGACGUGUGCAAGAGGAGAGAGGCCACGUCCCAGACAGAAACAGCCAAAAACCACGCAAAGAAGAAAAGAUUGAACCAGAUGAGAUGAGAAACAACAGAGCUGCAGUGAAGCCACAGAACGAAAUCCAAGCUCGAACAAUGAAGAGUAAUGCUUCUUUGGCUGGUGAGGACUUCCCAGUUUUAAGGGUAGCUGUGCCUCCAGCACCCAUUCCAAGCAAGGUCAAACAAACUCCUGUCUCUCUGAAGGAAGAUGAUUUUCCAAGCCUGUCUGGUUCUGUAGUUUCCAGUCCAAUGACACAUGCUUACACAAAUCAACCCAAAAAAAAUUCAUCCUUUCAAGAGGAGGAUUUCCCAGCACUGGUCGCCAAGAUCAAGCCACUUAAACCCCAGGCGAAUGCAAAAUCUGCAUGGUCUCAAGCAGGAAGUAAACCUGUGGUGGUUCCCAAUAAACCUGUGGUUCUGCCAACCAAAACAACCCCUUUAGUCUCUUCAUCCAUACUGUCUGCCAGUGACCCGCCUCCCAGUGGUAGCAUGCCUCAGCCUCUCACUGCCAUCUCGUCUCGAUGCAAAAAGAAGCUCAACCCAGCAAAAACCAACAAAGCUCCACCUAAAGUCAAAUAUCCAGCUUUGUCUGAUGAUGAAGACUCACAGAACAGUAAAACCUUCCAGGAGGUCUGUGUGGUACCCACCAUGCUUGACAUCUCCACUUUGCUAAUGGUGAAAGGUGGCCCAUCUCAGCCAAAUCCCAAAACAAGUAAGAAUAAGCAGGCAACAACAACAUCAUCUUCUGCGACUCCCUCGCAUACUGCAGAGUUGGUUUCGAAAAUAGCUCACAAAGAGAAUGUUCCUGAGAAAAAAACACCAGAUACCAGUCUCACCAAAGGCCCUACAGCCCCCAAAAUGAACUGGUUUAUCAAUGGACUUACAGAGAAGCCAACAGAAGCACUGUCAUGUACAACAUUUCCUGAAAAUAUUCCUUCCCAAUUAAAGCAGCCUGAAAAUGAAAAAGCCAGUCCACCCAAGGAAGAGGACUUCCCUGCUCUUGUCUCAAAAAAACCUCCACCUGGUUUUAAAAGUGCAUUUCCCUUGAAGAGCACUCCAAGUGUGCUGCAUUCUUCUCCUCCUCCUCCUGGACUCGGGCCUGUGGUCAGCAAGCCUCCUCCAGGAUUUACUGGCAUCCCGCUCAACAGUAAUGUAGUUGAACCUACAAUGUCUGCUGUUAACAGACCCACACCUGCAAUUGGAUCCUACCUCAUACCUGAAAAUUUCCAGCAAAGAAACAUGGACCUUAUUCAGUCAAUUAAGAAUUUCCUUCAAAAUGAUGAAACCAAGUUUAAUGAAUUCAAAAACUAUUCAGGCCAAUUUAGACAGGGUUUAAUUCCUGCUACCCAGUACUACAAAAGCUGCCAGGAACUGCUGGGAGAGAAUUUCAGCCGGGUCUUCAAUGAGCUGUUGGUUCUCCUACCGGACACUCGCAAGCAGCAGGAGCUUCUCACUGCUCAUGGGGACUUUAAGGCCCUUGAGAAACCGCAGCUAGGCUCAAAGCCUAAGAAGAACAAAAAGAAAGCCUGGCAGACAGGCACCACCUACAACAGCCUGGAGCUGGACUGCCAAGUGUGUCCCACCUGUAAACAGGUGCUGGCUCUGAAAGACUUCAACACCCAUAAUACCCUGCACAUCGGCGAUGAUGAUUUCCCCUCUCUCCAGGCCAUAAGCAAGAUCAUCAGUUAGCUGUCAGUGAACGCACCUUUACAGAUCAGCCACAGCAGUCUGCGACACAGGGACUGGUACUUCACCAGAUGCUCAAAAAGAUGAGGCGUGAUCUAAAAUACACAUGUGAUGUGUACUUGCAUUGUUUAGAUGUGAGUUUUGAAGAGGAACAAAGUGCAAGUGGGACUGUAACCGUUUUGAAGGGAGCCGAGUUAAAUGACUUGUUAAAUGUUGAGUUAGAACUUGAAUUCCUUUAAAAUAUCCAUCCGAUCCUUGCUUGACUCUUUUUCAUCAGGUUUUUCAAAUGCUGUUAACAUGGUCAUUUGUUUCUAAAAUGCUGUCAGGUAGAUUGCCUUUGAAAAAUAACUUAUUUAUUUCAUAAUGCUCCUGUCUGUUGGCUGAAAAAUAUUCCUAAUUUAUGUUUACACGAUAUACACACAUAAAAAUAAAAAUGGUUAAUAUAUAUAUAGAAUUUCUACCGUAAGGUACAGUGAUCAAUAUAAAUUUAAAUGCAGAAAUGCAUUUUUGAAGAACACUGAAUGUUUGUGUUGAAAUGCUUUGAAAUUAAAUGAUCAAGCCAGGGAACAAAAUACACCACUCUCAUACAGUAUGUGAUUGUCUGACAUGAACCCUACAGUUGAAUCAGUGCAAGAAAGAUCCCUCAUCAUAAAUUGCCUUCAAAUAUAAAAAAUGUCAUAGGCUUUUUUCUUUUAAACAUAGUCCACACCCCUGUUGUAAUGAAAUCUGCUGAAAUGGUUCCUAGUUAAAUAUUUUAAACAUCUAAAUGUUUUUAAAUUCACAAUCUGUCUACUUUUAAACAAACAGCAGCUCCUUAUAUGCAGCACUCAAAACUCAUCACUACAGAGACUUAAUGUCUUAU